GCUGGACAGCUCAGGCUGCUCAGUUUUCUGGCUCAAGUGUGGGAUUCACUUCCCGCCCUCACAGACCCAAUCCAGAAAUCGAAACUGCACCGGUUUCCAUGCAGAAGGCGCCCGCGUCUUUUGGAUCUCCCUGCCUCCAACAGGAACCCAUCCCGACCCCUACGCCCACCAUGCCUUCCCCAGAGGACCCCUCCGAAGACCAUGAACACAGCCAGAGCCCCGCGGAGGCCAUGAAGGAGGAAUUCCAGUUUCUGCGCUGCCCAGGCUGCCAGACCCAAGCCAAGUGCCCCAAGCUGCUGCCUUGCCUGCACACGCUGUGCUCUGGAUGCCUGGAAGCGCCGGGCUUGCAGUGCCCCAUCUGCCAGGCGCCUGAGUCCGGCGCUAAUGCAGAAGCCUUGGAUAACGUAUUUUUCGAGAGCUUGGAGCGGCGCCUGGCGGUGUUCAGGCAGAUCGUAGAUGCGCAGGCUGCGUGCACCCGCUGCAAAGAGUCGGCUGACUUUUGGUGUUUCGAAUGUGAGCAACUCAUGUGCCGCAAGUGCUUCGAUGCGCACCAGUGGUAUGUCAAGCACGAGGCCCGGCCCCUGGCAGAGCUCCGCGACAACUCAGUUCGCGAAUUUCUCGACGGUACGCGCAAGUCCAACAUCUUUUGCUCCAAUACCACCCAUCGCAAACCUACGCAGACCAACAUCUACUGCCGAGGCUGUUCCAAGCCUCUGUGUUGCGCAUGUGCGAUUCUGGACCGCGGUCACAGCCAUCUCCAGUGCGACAUUGGCGAGGAGAUCCAGCAGCGGCACGAGGAGCUGGGCACCAUGACACAGGCGCUGCAGGAGCAAGACAAGACCUUCGACAAUGCUCACGCACAGAUGCGCUCGGCCAUAGGCCAACUGGAGCAUGCGCGCGCAGACACCGAGGAGCGGAUCCGAGCACGCGUUCGCCAGGUGGUAGAGUAUGUGCAGGCACAGGAGCGUGAGCUGCUCGAGGCGGUGAAUGCACGCUACCAACGCGACUACCAGGAAAUAGCUGGUCAGCUGGGCCGCCUGGAAGCUGUGCUGCAGCGCAUCCGCACUGGUGGGGCGCUGGUCAAGAGGAUGAAGCUCUAUGCCUCUGACCAGGAGGUGCUGGACAUGCACGGUUUUCUGCGCAAGGCACUGUGCCGCCUGCGCCAGGAGGAGCCCCAGAAUCAGCAAGUCCAGCUGCGCACCAGCGGCUUCGAGGAGUUCAAGAUGUGUCUGCAGGAACUCAUCUCCUGCAUCACCCAGAAGACGGAUGCAGCAGUAGCCAGGAGAGCCAGCCCAGAGCCAGCCAGUACUCCCAGGGAAUCUUUGGACCUUGAGCAGCCCAAUGAAGUACAGAGGUCAGAGGCCCAGGCCGAGGCCCUGAAUAUGUCUAAGACUCACUCUGUGGCUGUGGUACAGUCAGUGCCCGGAGCACACCCUGUGCCAGUGUAUGCCUUCUCUGUGGAAGGUCCCACCUAUAGAGAGGAGGCCUCUCAGACAGUCACCCCCAGGAAGAGGAAGUGCUGCCACACCAAUUGCUCCAGGAAGAUCAUCAAGAUGGAGUCCACAGAGGAGGAUGAGGACAAGUUGAGCACUGGCUCCCCUGAGCAGCCCAGGCCCAGCACUUCCAAGGCCGUCUCACCUCGCCAUCUGGAUGGGCCUUCCGACACUGAGAGCCCUGUCCUAGAAGAAACCCUCCUACUCACCAACAACCUUGUUACCAGCGACACAGGGGAAACAGAAGAGCGAAUUGUGGUGAUUAGCAGCUCAGAAGACUCAGAUAUUGACAAUAUGUCCUCCCACGAGCUGGAAGACAGCAGCAGUGAGUCCAGUGGCCUCCAGCUGGAGGGCCCCAAUUUCCUCAAAGCAUCGGAGGAGAGCCUCGCUGACCCCCGAGUGGAAGACAGGCCCCUGGUCUUCUUUGACCUCAAGAUUGACAGUGAAACCCAGAAAAUUAGCCAACUGGCAGCAGUGAACCAGGAAAGCAAAUUCCGAGUACUCAUCGAGCCCGAGGCCUGCAGUGUCUACUCGAAGACAGUCUCCCUGGAGGUUGGACUGCAGCACUUCCUCAGCUUCCUCACCUCCGCGCAGCGUCCCAUCUUGGCCUGCUCCAAGCUGUGGGGGCCUCAGCUCCCCAUCUUCUUCAAGGCCUUGGAUGAUAUUAACAAGCUGUGGGAAUUCCAGGAUGCCAUCUCCGGCUUCCUGGCUGUGUUGCCCCUCAUUCAGGAACGCAUACCCGGUGCCAGCAGCUUCAGACUCAGGAACCUGGCCAAGACCUACCUGGCGAGGAACAUGAGUGAACGGAGUGCCCUGGCCGCUGUGCUGGCCAUGCGAGACUUGUGCUGCCUCCUCGAGGUCUCCCCGGGGCCACAGCUGGCCCAGCAUGUCUACCCCUUCAGUAGCUUGCAGUGCUUCUCUUCCCUGCAGCCCCUAGUUCAGGCUAGUGUCCUGCCUCCCGCUGAGGCCCGCCUCUUGGCCCUCCACAAUGUGAGCUUCCUAGAAUUGCUGACUGCAUACCGCAGCAACCGGCAAGAGGGCUUGAAGAGGUAUGGCCGCUAUCUGAGCCCGCAGACCUCCUCCUCGGCUCCCACCCAGCUUGCUCAAUACCUUCAGGCUCUGAGCACCUACAUGGAAGGACUGUCAGAAGGGUGUGCCCCAGCCGGGUCAGAAGGCAACUCUACUCUCCCUGGCCAGAGCUUGGCCAAAAAGGCCUCCGAGCAGAGCUGACACAAAGGGAUGCCUGGCUUAGCUGGGAGCCACAGGGGGAGGGGCGUCCUUGAGCUAGGCCCCACCCUUCACCACAUUCCCAGGUCCUGGUCUCCAAUACAGAACUUAGUUCAGAAUAGGUGCCAAACACUGGAACCAAACACUCUUUCUCUAAAAUUCCUGCAGCAGACGUCAAAGGCACCCCAGACCUAGACGCUCCCUCUAGAAGCCAGAAUCAGGAAGACUUGAGUAGAGAAGGCAUGGCCUCUGGGCUCAUUGAUUGGCCCUCAUAUGGCCCCAGGCACCUCACCCACCACUACCACGGUGGCCUUGCAGCUCUUCCCUGAUGCUCAAUCAGAAAGUCCCAAGCGAUCUGCUGAUAGCUCAUACGAAUAACACCCUCAGGCAGAGGUCCUCAACCUGCACGCUGUGACCGUUGCAGAACACACAUUUCUGGUGGUCUUAGGAACCCCCAGCCAUAACUGUAACCUUGCUGCUGAGCGGUGUCUCAGUUUCUAAGACAAUCAGGAGCCCAUGGUCGUGACCCACAGGUUGAGAACCACUGUCCUUACACUAUACCAGCAGCCCCCUGGGCACCCAAAGUGCCUUUCAAACCAAACUGCCCUUCAUGAAUUUGGGUUCUCCCAGCUCUCACUAUCCGGAGACCAACUGUGUUCAUGUAAAAAAAAAAAACAAAAACAAAAAACAAACAAAACAAAAACCCACUUCAUUCCAAAGGGGCGUCCUAGCAGGAGAGAGCUAGAAGCUCUUGCUCCAUCCAUGUCCCUUUCUACAGCCUGACCCUUCUAGCUUUGUGCUUUGUUCAUCAGGCCACCUAACACCCUUGCACUCAGCCCUUCCAAGGGACACCCAGUAGGAUACUUGCAUUGAGAGCUUUGGGAAGGUGACUUUACUGAGGUCCCCCGAAUGAGGCUGUCUGGAGUAGGGCCUGCAGCAUUAACUGGUUCUCCGAGCGAUGCUAUCUGCUCAAUUCUGAGCAUCACUGCUGUCACAGACCAUCUCCCCAUCAAAGGGAAGUAGAGAAAGCACUGGCUGUGUAUGUUGAAUAUGAUUAGGAAAAGGCCAGAGCUCUACUGUUCUGUGAAAUGAGCUGGCUGGCCUGCAUUUUUAUCUCCAAGUCUCCAGCCAGCUCUAUCAUCCUGGGCUUUCAGAGUGGGGGGCAGCUUGCUGGAGCCGCAAAUAAGAAGCAUCCUCACCCUUGGACCCUAGCUCUCAUGCCAAGUCUUUGGUCCCCAACCUUAUGAUCAUCUUGAAGGUCAGCUGUUCCCUACGGUUAUCUGAACUGUUGCUGGUGUUGCUGCCUCCUUACCCUGACCCAUUCCCUGCUUCCUGCUCCAAGGGAAUUUCCCAGAGAGCCCAGAGGUCUGGUCUUGACAGGUUGGUGGUCUCCUCUCUCAAGUGGGUGAUGCCUGCAAGCCCACAACUCUGACCCAUCCUGAUGUUUGAAGGCAUCCUGUAGAAGUCCAUUCCUACCAUGGUGAAGCUGGGCUCCGACAGCAAUCCAUUAGAGCUCUGGUUCUGGGUGGGGCUGAGGAUGGAGAGGAAAAGAGGCUAAGGCCCUAGCCUGGCUGUACAGGCAAGGCAGUGUUGGGGCCAUGUCUCAUACCUCGUCCUCAGCCUAUCCCUGAACUAAACAGGGCCCACUGAGUCCCAGCUCCUCCAGGCUGGCUGUCUUCAGUUGCAGCUGACACAGAUUAAUGACAAGGGAGGAAGGAAAGCCCCGUCUUAUCUGUCUGCUCUUAUAUAUGAAUUUUUGUUUUGUUUUUGAUUUUUUAAGAUAGGAUUUCUCCAUGUAUCCCUGCCAGUCCUGGAACUCAUUCUGUAGACCAAGCUAGCCUCAAACUCACAGAGAUCCACCUGCCCCUGCCUCUUGAGUGCUGGGAUUAAAGACGUGCACCACCAGUAACAUCGUUAUACCCCAAGUCCCACUCCUGGAGCUUUUUAAUCUCUCACUUUGACCAAAAAACAUCAAAGUUUAAAUAUGCUGCAUGUGCCAUUUUUUAAAAAUUAUGUCAAGAUUUACCCUAACACCACCAGCAACCGCCAAGCCCUACAAGUUAGGACACUGGAAUUCGGUUCUUGGCAGCCAGUGGCCAUGAUGUGGCUGUUAACACCCUGAUUCCCAGGCAGCUCCUUUGUGAGGUAAUGUAUAUUAUAUUUUUACUCUAUGAGGUCUUUGAUAGGUUCAAUGAGAAGUUCAGUUUCCCUAUCUUAAGGUCUUAUUUCACAAACAAACAAGUUGAGAGUUGCCAAUUUAUAAGAAAACCAACAGCAAACCUUAGCAAAAUACUAAUAUUAAUACACACUAUGUUGGGGGAGAGGGCCUGGGUCUGCAGGAGUCAGUAAGAGUCUCGUAGCCUCUGAGCAGUGGUUGUCUCUGUGUUCCUUGCACACCCCGUGGGAGAAAGACCUGGGAUAGAGAGCAGGCUUCCUGGGGCCAUUUGGCCAUCUCUAGCCCAGCCCCUCUUUUGGGAACCAAAGACUAGCUAGUUCAUGUCAUGUGACUGUUCCUUGAAAGUCUCCUUUAGCCCAGCCCCAACCAUGUUUCUCCAAUCUGCACAACACUCAAACACUACCCAGGUGCCUGCUGUCAUAUACUCCAUCCACCGUCAAAGUCUAGCCUCUCAGCAGAUCUCCUAAAUCUUGAGAGUCUCCCUGCUCACCACAUACCAGGUUUAUCCAGCUCUGAAUUCAAGGUUUCUGUCUCACAUUGUGUCUUUAUUCUCCAUUAAAGGAAUGGCACGGC